GUAUGGUUAGCAGCGGCUGCGCCCGCGCAUCCCGCGGUAGGCCUAUUAUUGUUAAUAAAUCAGUGUGCAAAUAGCUACGGCGCGUUUCACUCGUGUCCUCAUCGACAUACCUACUAAGUGGCGGCGAUGGCUGGUACUUUUGGGUUAAUUUCGGUUUUUAAUCAUGAAACCCAGGAGUGGAGAACCUACAAGAAUCGGCUGACUCAGUGGUUCAUAGCCAACGAUAUUAAUGACGACACAGAUAAAGCGGAAGUGAAACGUCGAGCUAUCUUGAUAAGCGCACUCGCCGAAUCUACCUACCGGCUGGCAAGUAAUUUAGCAUUACCGGCUACGUUAGAAGAAAAAGGAUUUUCUGAUGUGGUGAAGAUUUUGGACGCACAUUUUACGCCAAAACGCUGCGGGUACGUGGAGCGAUUCCAUUUUUAUUCGGCCACCCAGCAAGCCGGCGAAGGUCACGUGCAGUGGGCUGCGCGUCUGAAGGGCCUCGCCGCGCACUGUGAUUUUAAAAAUAUGGAGGACGCUAUCCUCGAUAGAUUUGUAAUGGGUAUGCUCCCGGGCCGAGAGCGUGAAAAGCUAUUCGCGCAAAAUGUCGGUGAGCUAACGUUGAGUAAGGCGAUAGACUUGGCGGAGAGCAUUAGAGUUGCUCGCACCGGUGGCGCUGCCGCCGGCCCAGCUGGAGCUCCGGUGGCUACGGAAGCCAGCGGUCUGUUCCAGAUUGAAAAAGCAUCUGCGCGCUCGUCUGCAUCGUCGUCUGACGUCCAGUGUUCGGUGUGUGGUAGAUACAAACAUAGUGCUACAAAGUGUCGUUUUAGAAAUUAUAAGUGUAGAAAGUGUCAAACAAAAGGCCAUUUAAGUAACAUGUGCAAGGUGGUAAAAUAUAUCGAGUCGGAGGAGGUGAACGAAAGUGAUGACGGUGAGUUUUUUCAUAUUCGCUCGGAAGGUGGGGCACCUAUGGUCGAAACUAUAAAAGUAAACAAUAUUUUCAUUAAAUUCCAGAUAGACAGUGGGGCGGCUGUCUCGGCUAUCUCAGACGAAGCUUAUAAAAUUUAUUUUAGCGACGUGCCAUUGUUACCCCCAAAGAAAAAACUAUUCGGCUACACGCGACAGAAAUUCGAUAGUAAGGGCGUAAUAAAUGUACCGAUAUUCUAUGACGGCCGCGAAAUCUAUUUGGACAUUUAUGUGAUUACAGAUGGUGGACCACCGCUCCUAGGUCGCGAUUUUAUCACGAAAUUCGACCUAGAAUUAGCACGAAUUCCUCCCGCAUCAAUAAAUUAUUGUACGGAUACCGACAUGGUACAACAAACCCUGUCUGACUAUAAGGAUAUUUUUGUAGACCGCCUGGGCUGCUUUAAUAAAUACAAGAUAAAUUUAAACUUAAAAGAUAACGCAAAACCCGUAUUUACUAAAGCUCGUCCAAUUGCAUUUGCACUUAAGAGUAAAGUGGAGAACGAAAUUGAUCGGUUAGUGGGCUUAGGUAUUUUGGAACCAGUGGAGUAUUCAGAGUUUGCUUCGCCUAUUGUACCCGUGUUAAAACGUGACGGCUCCGUGCGCAUCUGUGCGGACUACUCGCGCACUAUCAAUAAACAGCUGAUCGCGGAGACCUAUCCGCUCCCAACGGUAGAUGAGUUAUUCGCGAAAUUACACGGCGGAGUUCAAUUUUCGAAGUUAGACAUGUCUAUGGCCUACAACCAGUUUCCCAUAAAUGAUCCUAAUAACAUAACAUGCAUAAAUACCACCCGCGGACUAUUUAAGUAUAAAAGAUUAAUAUUUGGGUUAACAAGUUCUCCGGCUAUUUUUCAACGCGCCUUGAAUACGUUGUUAGCAGGAUUAGACGGCGUAUUAUGCUUUUUGGAUGACGUGUUGAUAACGGGACGCGACAAGACAGAGCAUCUGCAAAGAUUGAAUAAUGUACUUGCGAGGUUCAAGGACGCCGGCUUGACGCUGCAAAGAAACAAAUGCGAAUUCUUUAAAGAUGAGAUAUCGUAUUUAGGUCAUGUAAUAAAUAAACAAGGUAUCUCAAAAUCGCAAGAAAAGGUAGCUGCAAUUAGUAAGGCACCGCGACCGGAGAAUGUAGCUCAGUUACAGUCCUUUUUAGGUCCAGUUAACUAUUAUCGUAACUUUGUGCCUGACGCAUCUAGCAUUUUAAGCCCUCUAUACGACCUAAUAAGGAAAAAUGUUAAAUGGUCGUGGACGCCGAUUCAUCAAAAUGCAUUCGAGACAAUUAAGCGGCAGUUGUCCUCCGAACAGGUUUUAGCGCAUUUUGACCCUUCGGCUAAAAUAAUUGUUACAGCUGAUGCGUCACCGGUCGGCCUGGGAUGUCUCUUGUCUCAAAUAGGUAUUGAUGGAAUUGAACGGCCCAUUUCCUUUGCUUCGCGAGUCUUAAGGGAUGCCGAAAAAAACUAUUCCCAAAUUCAACGAGAAGCAACGGGAAUAAUUUUUGCAAUUAAAAGGUUUCAUCAUUAUCUUUAUGGUAGAUCGCAGCCGUUUGUUCUACGAACAGACCACAAACCGUUACUGUCUAUAUUUGGACCACAAAAAGGUAUUCCGGAGGUCACAGCAAAUCGUCUGCAGAGGUACGCAAUUUUCUUAUCGGCGUACAAUUAUGUUAUUGAAUACGUGCGAAGUGAAAAUAAUAGUGCUGAUUAUCUCUCGCGCGCGCCACUUGCACUUAACAACAGCGCGUCGUCGCCGGGGCGUGACGUCACCAUAGCUCAAGAAUUCGAUGACCGCGCGGCGUAUAUAAACUUCGUAGUAGAUGGAUGCUUACCUUUAACAGUUGACGAUUUGCGUCGCGAAACCUUAAAGGACAGUCAGCUGCAAAAGGUAUGUGACUUUGUUAGGAAUGGUUGGCCGAAAAAAGUUAGCGAUAACCACUUAAAACCGUAUCAUUUAUGCAGAAACGAAUUAUCAGUUGAGAACGGGUGCUUAAUGAGAGGGCACAAAAUUGUUAUACCACUAGCGCUUAGGGAACAAGUUCUGCAGGAAGUUCAUAGUUCGCAUCUAGGAAUAGUUAAGUGCAAAGCGGAAAUACGUUCGAAAUUUUGGUUUCCUGGUGUAGACCAAGCAAUUGAGAGAAUCAUUGGCGCUUGUAACGUAUGUAUUCAGCUACGUCCUUCGCCUCCCAGGGUGACAGUAGUGCCAUGGCCGUAUCCUGAGUACGCGUUUCAAAGGUUACAUAUCGAUUUUCUCGGCCCAAUAAAUAAUCACUCAUAUUUGGUUAUAGUGGAUGCUUACAGUAAAUGGGUCGAGUGCUUCGAUAUGAAGUCAAACACAACGACGCAUAGUGUUAUUGAGAAGCUCUGCGAAGUUAUGUCUCGAUUCGGUACCCCUCAAUGUAUAGUGAGUGACAAUGGCACGGCGUUUACGUCAGACGAUUUUAAACAAUUCUGUUCGCUAAACAAAAUAACACAUUUAACGAGCGCGCCGUACCACCCAGCUAGCAACGGCCAGGCCGAAACCUAUGUAAAAGUAAUUAAAAAAGGUAUAAAAUCUGUACUGAUGUCAAAUAUUACUAAUGCUAAAAUUAACACUAAAUUAAUGAAGUAUUUAUUUGACUACAGAAAUUCAAUUCAUUCGACCACUGGUACUUCACCAGCGCAGUUAGUUUUUGGUAAAAAGUUAAAGUCCAGAUUAGACUUAUUAACCAAUGUAAACUCACCGCCGUCUUCGUCCACCAACUUCGCCUCGUCGGUUAAAGAAAAACAGUCCUCACAGGUUAAUUAUCACGGCGGCGCAGAAAGAACCGAUUUUAAUAUCGAGGACCAGAUAUUAUAUAAGAAAUAUAUUAAUAAAAACAAAUUUAUCUGGGUAAGAGGAAAAAUAACAAAUAAACUAGGUCAACGGUUGUAUUUAAUAGAAGACCAAGAAACAUGUAACGUUAUAAAAAAACAUAUCAACCAAAUUGUUUUAUACAAAGGGAAAGAAACCAAUUCACCCACUACGGAAUGUAUGGUGCCCACUACACACAUGACGCCGAGCACACAGGGGCCAACCGUAUUCCUGCCCGUGCCUGGUCCCGUCGCCUCCACAAGCGUCAGCCAGCCAGUCGUAAGGCCGACCUUGCCGGCGCUUCCAGAGGAACCCAAACACUUGGACACUUUUCAUCCGGCAGAGGGAGAAGAGGGUAAUAAUAUAUCCACGGAGGGUCAGCGCUCUGUCCAAUCCGAGAACGCGGAUGACCAACGUGUCUACGCCACCCCGGAGGACCAGUCCCCUCAACAACCCGGGAACUCAGACCCUCAAGACACGAAUGCCCUAAAACCCUUGCCACCGCGGCAAGCUAGACUUAAUUUAGAUUUUAAGAAAUACUUUUAA